UUUUCUCUCUCUAUCACUUAUUUUCCCUCUCUCUUUCUCUCUCUUGAGAAGAUGUCGGUCGAGCUUUUUGGGUUUUCGAAGAUGGACGAACCGGCGGCUCUGCAGGAACAGGCUACCGCUGGUUUGAAAAGCAUGGAGCAUCUGCUUCAACUGAUAUCUACUCAGUCUCAAAAGAACCGAACCGGUCAUGCACGUUUCCGCCGUGGACCGGUUACUCCUGCUGGUGAACCCCCUUCUUCUUCAUCUUCUCAUUUCACCCCUCCUUAUCCGACUCUUACUCUCGCCCUUGGUCCGACUCCGGAUCUUCCUCCGGUUCCAACUCCUGUUCCAACUCCGGUUCUGACUCCGGCUCCUACUCCGGUUCUGACUCCGGUUCUGACUCCGGUUCGGACUCCGGUUCUGACUCCGGCGCCGGCGCCGGCAUCAUUGACUCUGGACUUUACCAAGUCGAAGAUUUCAUGCUCUGAAGUCAAACUCGAAAUGGGUUUGCCAAAACAGGUUCCUAGGGAACCAAGGUUCAGCUUGUCGCCGCCGCCGAUGUCGGCGAACUCGUCUUUCAUGUCAACGAUUACCGGCGAUGGAAGUGUCUCGAACGGGAAGAUGGGUCCGUUCAUCCUAACUAUGAAUCCACUGCCGAUGAUGAUGGCCAAUCCCAUCGGGAAACCGCCUCUGUCGUCGGUGAAUCGAAAAAGGUGUCAUGAUCAUGAGAACUCUGGUUUCUCCCUCGGCGUACCUGCCGCCGGUCCUGUCCGCUGUCAUUGUGCCAAGAAGAAGAAAUUCAAACUGAGGAGGGCUAUUAGGGUUCCGGCUAUAAGUUCAAAAAUUGCUGAUAUUCCGUCUGAUGAGUAUUCAUGGAGGAAGUAUGGUCAGAAACCCAUCAAGGGUUCUCCAUUUCCCAGAGGCUAUUACCGGUGCAGUUCCUAUAGGGGUUGUCCGGCGAAGAAGCAUGUGGAGAGGGCUAGGGAUGAUCCGACGAUGCUGAUCGUGACUUAUGAAGCUGAGCACCGACAUACUGAGGCUGGGGUGCAGGAGAUUGAAGCAGCUGGUCUAACUUUGACUUUGAGUCAACGUUAGAUUAAUAAUA